AUGAUUUUUGCGCACCUGUUCCUGGUGUGGGGCAGCUUCCUGGGUGCUGUGGCGCACCGCGCGGGUAAAGUGAGUUCUGGGGGCGCACAGGAAACACGGGGCGCACGUUCCCCGUUGGAUUACUUUUCAGGCAACGCGAGGCAGGAGGAUACGCUCUCUCAACACAUGUUCAAACUGUACGAGAAGAGCAGCAAGGAGAGCCGGCUCAGGGAGGGGAACACUGUGAGGAGUUUCAGAGUCACACCAGAGCCCUCUGAUCAAAGGAUGGUGUACAGGCUCAACCUCACGACCCUGCAGGACUCCGAGGUCAUCCUUUCGGUUACAUUUCACUUCCUGCUGGAACGGCGUCAGCCUCAUAAGCCCUGGUUCUGUAAACGCUUCAAGAGCUCUUUAUGUCAUUCUCCAGCCGUCCCCUCAGCCAUGUCCGUCAGCCUGCUCAUUCGCUCUGUCUCCUCCGGGUCAGAGGUCGACUCGGGGUCAACAGGGUCACUCCUAGGCAAUGUAACCUUCCACCCCCACAGGAGAGGGGUGUGGCAGAUGAAAGAUCUAACUCAGGUCAUAAAGGAGGCACGGGACAGAGGUCAUCUCCUGCUAUCACUGGAGAUUGACAUGGGGUUGCAGUACCACAGGAGUCCUGCGGAGGUGCUCUCCACAGGAAAUCUGCCUUACUUUUUGGUCUAUGCUGAUGAUCAGGCGCUUGGGGAGCCUAACAGUGUUGCUGCAAGUCUUCAGAGAUAUGACCCCUCUGUGGAGGCCAGGGACCCUUCUCUUUCCUCACAACACAAACCAAACACUGCUCCAGGACGAGUGCGGAGAGCCCUCAUCCAGGAUAAUGAGCUACCAGGCAUCAGCUACAAACCUGAUGGGUACAGGAAGGAGGACAUGCUGGAAAGUUCUUGGUAUCUUGGACUUAAGCUAAAACCAGGAGAGAAACAGAAGAAAAAGAUAAAUCACAAGGACAAGGUGAUGGAGCAGAGUAAAGAUGGAGAGUUGUUAAGCGAGGCAGAAAAGAUCUCAGUAAGAAUUCAUAAUGAGGAGUCCACAAAACAGAGCCCUGGACAAAAGGAUGAGAGGAGGAACAGUGACAAGAAGCACAAAGGAAGUUCAACUGAAGAAUCUCCACUUUUGAGUUUUGAUGAAAAGACGAUGCGUAAAGCCCGGCGGAGGCAGUCCAGCGAGAGCCAUGAAAGGACGUGUUCUAGAAGAAACCUAAGAGUGGAUUUUGCAGAUAUUGGCUGGAGUGAAUGGGUUAUUGCACCUAAGGCAUUUGAAGCCUACUACUGUGCUGGCACCUGUGGAUUUCCAAUAUCUAAGGUUACCAGGCCGUCUAACCAUGCCACCAUACAAAGCAUAGUGCGAGCUGUUGGUAUCAUUCCUGGCAUCCCUGAACCCUGCUGUGUCCCAGAGAAGAUGAGCCCGCUGCCUGUGCUGUACCAGGACGAAGCCAACAACCCAGUGCUUAAAGUCUACCCCAAUAUGUCAGUCCAGUCCUGCUCCUGCAGAUAA